UACUUACAAACCGGUUGUAUACUGAUUAAAAUUAGCUCGGCAAAGCUUGAUAAGGAUGAUAUUAUUCAGUAUAAGAACUUUAUGCAGUUUGGUAUCCAUCAUUCGUAUAAGUCUGCAAAUAUGGAGAACUUUUAUAUACAACAUAUGAGGGAGGGGGAGGCAAUAAGUCUUAACUACCUGGCUACUUCUAGGCACAGCACUUACAGAGUGCUUAGGUCUGUCCAUUCUACUCAGCCAGGUCUUCGACGACUUGCCUCCACAAAUAUCAUGACCCUUGAGCAAAGGAGGCAAGAUCUUGAGCUUCGGCAGAUGGAGGCAGCUAUCAAGGCUCAGGAGGAAGAGACCCGCGCUAAGCAAAUUGCUAAUGAAAAGGCAGAGUUAGAACUUAUCAAGGAACGGAGGAAGUUACAGGAAGAGGAAACUGAUUGA